UGGUAAUGGCGUCCAAAAUGGCGCACUCCUUGUGUACUUCCAAGCUUCGAAGAAAGGAUAGAAAUAAGCAGUGUAACACAUUUCAUAUGAUUUAGAAGUCACCGCUAAUUUAUUGAAGUGUGUGGUUAAGCAUCAGACAUAAAAUGUCGGAGACUAAAUCAAUGCGUGUAGUCCCUAGUGGGAAAAUAUAUCGACAGAUGUUUGACGCACAGCUCCAGCUGAGCAAGAGUUUGACAAAAGUAGUGUCACAAGACAGGCAUCUCCCAGAGAUGAUGAGAAUAUCAUCACACAAUUUACCAGCAUCAGCCCCAGUGUUCCGCCUCACUCGGGAAGAUACUGCCCAUGGGAUCCUGACAAGACGCCAGCACACCUGGGUGGAAGCAUUUCCAAAUGAUCCAUACACAGAAAACCCAAUUCUUUACAAGCAAUACAAAGAAUUUGUACGCAGACAGUUUGGGAUUUCAGAGAACUUUGAAGCUGGAAUAGAUGUCCGUUCUCUUCCAGAUAUUGUUGUCCCAGCCAAACAAGGAUCAGAUAUAAUUGAAAGAAUAACCGCAAGCAGGAAAGAAAGGCAUGAAACUGCAGUGGAAGAUAUGCACCAGGAACUGUCUGUGAUUAGUACUGAAACAGAACCACAGAUAACUAGAGUGAGUGAAGAGACACUGCAGAUGCUGGCAGAAGGUGGUGCUACAACUGCUGGCCUGCUGGCCCUAAUUGAAAAAGACGAGAACCUGUUGACCUACAGCCUGGAUGAUUUGAUCUCACUGUGGAAGGAGGUGGAAAAUUCCACUCCCUGGCACCGUGAGUUGAUACAGCAGCUGGACAUGAAGCUAAACGAGAUUGAAGAGAAGCGCAUGGAAAGGAUCCGCAGAGUGUUUCAGGAAUAUUCAGAGACGCUUAAGAAGAUCUCCUACCUUUUGACCCCUGACCUUGAGCGACUUCUGGACAGGGAAUCACAGGUCAUCAAUCAAACAUGCCUCAGCAACAGGCGGGCAUAUGCAGACCUCUUUGUGCGGCUUAUGUCUGCAGACUUGGAACGCGAGAGAACACAGCACUCAACAUGGUGUCAACGAGUGGAGGACUGGCAGAUGCUUAGAACUAACAAAGCUGUUCAGAGUUUCAGGGACUUUAUGCAAAGUGAGGAUAUCGUGAAGCCUCCAGGUGUGGAAAAUGUGCGAAAGUUCAUGAUUACAGAGCUGGAGAUUCUGAACUCACAAAGACUAGAGUUUAUCAGUUCCCUCAGAGAUCUCAAACCUCCAGUCUCGACAAAGUCAGCAGUUUACACGUGGAGACAACAGAUGAAAAAAGUAUCACAGGAAUUAGAAUCUGUGAGUCAGAUGCAUCUGACCAAACUGUAUGAGGAAAUGGAAAAAGUUUGCCAGUCAUGCUUGGAGAAGAUUGAAAACAUUAAGAGAUCCAUGCUGGAGGAAGGCAUAGUCACAGAGAGUAAGGCUCAGCAGGUGGUUGAGGAGCAGAUGCUGCCUCUUGUAGGAGAGCAGCAGAGGAUGUUUGAGCAGAAUCUAGACACAAUGGAGAAGUCAAUAGCAGAACACACAAAGAAGAUGGAGGAUGCCGUACACUCGAUGUUCAAGUAUGCUCAGGGGGUUGCCCAUCUCUGGGAUGUACAUGAGAUUGGUCUGGCAAAACAAGAGCGUGCCCUGCAGGAAAAACUUGAUGACAGUCGCCACGAACAUGACUAUGUAAAUCAGGAGUGGGAAGCCAACCUUGACAUUGUGAUGGACCGCAUGCGACAAGAUGCAUCAGAAGAAGCUCUCCGGGACAGCCUUAGCAAAGUCUUUGACAUGCUGGAGAAGAUACAAGAGUUUUAUAAAGAGUUUCAUCAAAGCCAGAAGAACAUUGUCCACAUGUAUCCAGACAUGGUUCAGUCAGAACUUAACAAUUUUGAUCAAGCCAUUUGCACCUAUUUCUCUUUGGAUCGUACCCACCCUGAUGACAAAGCCAAAGCAGAGGAGGAGUUGCGUCCACAGACACCAACAGAACCAGUAGAGACAGAGGUCUCCAGAAAAUUUGGAUCUGUAACACCAGAGCAGACUCGUAGAAUAUCUCGUUCAAUAGGCAAGACAAAGGCAGUGGAAGAGGCUCCUCCUAAAGUCACAAAGCCUAUUGCUAUGGCUGUGGCUGAGGUGCUGUCCACAUCGAAAGGCACCACAUUCUACGUUCUGACAGUGGCCGGAGAGCAUGGCAUUCCUGAGGAGGACCCACAAGAACAGGCUGCAGAGCACAAGGAGCAGCUGGACUCAGAUGUCACCGAAUCUGAUGGAACUUUCCUGACAGAAAUGCCUGUCGGGUCAGAGGUGAAGGACACCAUGCCAGAAUAUUUGAAAGCCAUCGAUAUGUCCCCAUCGUUUUUGGUAGAUGUGAAGAAAAGCAUCCGCAUGAACUUCCUGAAUUUUCUGGAGACUUGGUGUGGAGAAGCCAAGGAGAGAGCUCUUAGUGUAGUUGUAGCCAAGUGUGAAGAACUCAACAGUGAGCUGGACUUGCGCCUUCAUUUGCAUCAACCUCGUUCUCGUCGGGCAGAAUAUGAUGUACACAAUGUCAGAGCAGCUGAGUUGGUGAUGCAUGCGGAGCGAGUAACACGUCACUGUAAGGGAGUCGAUCAGUCACUGAGUGAGCUACGGGCCCGCUUCGUUGCCAUGUCUUUAGAACACAACAAGCUGGCCACCAAGUUUCGCCACGACAUUGAGGCUCUUGAAGUUAUCUUCAUCAAUGCCACAAAGUCUUCACGUCUGGUGGCGCUGCAAAAUCAGCUGGCAGUCGAGCUCGACAAAUUUAUGGCUGUGAUAAGAACAUCUUUGCGCCAGUUCCGUCAGCAUCUGGAUGAGACACUGCAGAUGCUGAGAGAUUCCAAUGCCAGAUUCAUUAAGUCCUUCAAACUUUUUUCAGAGGGAGGCAACUUCUGCCCAGAAGAGGUUGAAGAGUACAGGAAGCGAUUGGAGAAAAUGUCCCACAGGGUUGAUGGAGCAGAAGGCUCCAUAAUGUCAGAGCUGGAAGGCAUGGAGUCCAAACGACUGGAAGUUGCUAGCAAAGUGGCCAGUGAAUUUGAGGAUCGGUUCAAGAGCCACAUGUUUGACCUCCUUUUUAUGGAGCAGAUAGCCCGCUGGUUGACAAAUACUCAGGUGAAGAUCAAAUGUGAGGUGGCUGCCAGCAACGCGCAGGCACAAAAUCUGGACCGCCACCUUGAUGACCUAGAGCACCGGAUUGAUGCAUACGAACAGCCACGCUUUGACAAGGAGCAAACUUCACCAUCCCAGCUAAAUGACUUUCUGAAGAGUGUCAUGGAGUUGUUUCAAAAGCGCUGUGGAUACCUGAACUGUAAGCUAGAAGCCGGUCGUCCUCAGUCCUGCGUACCACAGAUAGGCUUGCGGUCCAGACAGCCCAGCUAUCAGUGGUUUGGUUCCAAGAACACCUUGUUCAUGUCCUCCAAGGUUGGCUUUUCAUCUGAAGGCCUUACAUCAGGCAGCAAACCUGGAAAACCAUCCUCUGAGGAUCCUUCAAUCAGUGUCAUUAAAAGCAUUUUGAAGACUCAGAAGUAUAAACUUAUAGUCGGGGCAGAUGCUGAAGCUGAAGAGCUAGCCUCCACUGGCAUGGCUGCCACUCCUACUAGUGGGAUUCCAAUGGAUGCUACUCGUGAGAAAAACAAGUCAGCUCAUUCCCAAGCAUCAACCCGCGUUAAUGAAGGUGAAAAACCCACAGCCAGCAGGCGCCCAACCCUACCAUCUCUUUCUUCUGAACCAGGGCGGAAUUUAGGCCUCAAGCGAGGCAGCAAGACAGGAAAGCUGGACAAAUCACGGUCAUUCUUGUCAGGAGAAGACGGGGUGGAAGAGAACCAUUUCCUGGGCUUAAUCAUGAGCAUACUCCGUGAAGCCAUGAGUGGUCUCACCACAACAGCAGAGCUGUACUAUAAACAGAAGGGUGUGCGACCAGUGACACGCCCUCAAGUGCUACAGGAGACUUUUGAGCAGUGCUCUGAAGUCAUAACCCAGAAACUACAGUCUUACUACCAGCAAGCAGAUGACUAUCACAAUCAGUGUCUGCAAGAGUUUCGCCAGCAGCUCUCAAAAAUGGAACACCUUACUGCCCGUGUACCACCUAUCAUCAUCAAGGACAUGCUGAAACAACAUGUAGCAAGAACCAUGUCUGAGCAGGAUGCCUUACACGCUAAGUUCAAGAUGUUUCUAGAAGAAAGCAACACAAAAAAGAUAAAGCAUGAGAACAAUCUUCGUCCCCAAAUGGGCCACCCUCACCAGGCUCCUGAGCUUGAGGUGCUCUGUGAACUGGAAACACAGCGGCAUGAAGAACACAUGUUGGCCAUUGCUGAACACAUCAAGAGCUUGAAGACGUCCACUGAAUCUAAUGCCAAGAUGCUGUUGGAGGGCCUUGUACAGCUAUCUGAACAGCAGCUGCUGCAGUACGAUGAUCUGUUGGUUGUUGAUGAAGUGGACAAAGGCCGUGUUGAGCGAAAACGGCACCCAACUAUUGAAUUGAUUCGGCGUAAAAUGACUGGAGAGGCUCUUGAGGAAGAUCAAGAAGAGAACCCCCUUCCUCGUGGAAAGGGCAACUGGCUAGGAUUUCCCAGCAACCAGCUAGUGCUGGAGAACCGCCCUAACAAAAUCCAGCUAACGCCUGCAAUCAACACAGCAAAGAUUACAUUAGGCCACAGCUCAACCAUCAAGGCUCGAGACAUGGCCUAUGAGGACUACAAAGUUUUGUUUGAGAAGACAUUAGCAAGCAUUGAGGAAGAAGAGAAAAAGUUUCUACAGGAUGAGGAGCGGUGGGCUGUUAGCUGGACAGCUUCUAUCCAGCACAUUAAAGAUCUGUAUAAAACACCAUAAUAUCUGCAACUCUUCAGAGCCUCAACUGGACUAGGAAAUUUGAGCUGGAAGGAGGCUAGAGACUGGACAAUAAAUACAGCGUAAUGCAGCUAAAAUGUGUAAACUACAGUGCUCGGCAUCUUCAUAUGUAUCUUAACAUUAACUACUUUUGAUUUUCAGAUUUUGUUUUCCAAUAAAAAGUUCAUGAUAGUCCAAAGUAUAUUUUCCAUAAUUUGAGAUUACGGUAUUUGAAAAACAUUCCUAAUAGCACAUCCUUUUUAUUUAAAAUAUUAUGUCAAAUAGCUUUUGUGCAAGUUUUGACUUACAUUAAUCUCUCUCCUCCCCCCAGCCACCACCAAUACUUUCAAAUCCAAGAACCACCUUACAUACUUCAUUAUUAUGAUAUAGACAUUUACUGAUAAAAAUGCACCAUUUAUUAAAAUCUAAACCCCCUUCCACCAAAAACAAAAGAUUUUUGUGCAUUCUUAAGUAUUCAAGAUGCCUCAUGACUUCCUGAUGCGACUUUUCUGGCAUGUAUUAACAUUAGAAUUUUUUUUAAACAUCAGUGCUCGCUGCAUCAUAAAUUUGAAAUCAUUUCAUUGAGUGUGGAGUUUAAUCCUGGAAUGAUGCUAAAGAUAAACAAAUUCUUUUUCGAACACUCUGCCUGUGAUAUACUAUACUGUGUUACUGUUAUAUAAUGUCUUUUUUCUAAAGGACGAAUAAUUAAAUACAUCCCAUUUCAGUUAAUGACUGGAGAGUUUGCUUCUUUUGACUGUUUGGCUUGCUGGAUUCUAUGGUUAGAGUGGGUGUCAAUUACAACUUUGCAGAUACUUUUAAAUGAUACUUUUAAAAACACCAACAAAAAAUUAUAUAUUUCAUAAACAAAUAUUAAGACACAUAAAAUUUUUAAGUCUCUCUUUAAAGACAAAAAAAGACUUUUAUCUAGCAAAGCAACUUAACAAAAAAGACACUUUGCUAGAUGGUCUUUUCUGAAGUUUCCGACAUGAAAGAACAUGGAUGCAACAGUCUUUUCCCAGUUGUGCCCUUCAAAGUCUAGUAAGAUCCGGAGCUCCAACAUACGAAGAACUGAGAUUUAAAUUUUUUUUAACUGGACAGAAAAUGCAGUCCUUAAAAUCUAACAAUCAUUCAUAUUUUAAUUUACUAAACUACUAAUUUAAUAUUCCCCCAUUUACAUUCAGUCAAAAUCUUACUCAGCAAGAUUCAAAAAAACAAAACUGAUGCACAAAAGAUAAAUAACAUGGCUGACAUGUCUGAUGGAGUUGU